AGUCGCGGCUUAACACCACGGGUAGGCCCUUUUCGGGCAAUUCAUGCAUGUGCUCUCUUAUCGUGUAUCCACCACCAGGUCCAUUUUAAGUACGGCGGAUCCUUUUAAUGAUGAAUUUCGACCCUUCAGUUCUUCACAUCCAACAUGGCCGAUGCACUCCAUGAUCAUGUCAUUGAGAACGAUGAGGAGGAUUUGGCGCGGAUGGGAUACAAACAGGAGCUCAAGCGAGAAUUGGGUUUGAUGCAGAACUUCGGGGUGUCCUUCUCAAUCAUAUCCGUAGUGACGGGUAUGUCGUCACUGUUUCUAUUCGGAUUGAAUACCGGAGGUCCAGCUGUGAUGGUGUGGGGAUGGAUUGUGGUCUCAGUGUUCACUAUGUUUGUGGGGUUAUCUAUGGCUGAGGUCUGCAGUGCACAUCCAACGUCAGGAGGACCUUAUUUUUGGGCCGCCAUGCUUUCAAAACCGCAAUACGCUGCAAUGGCAUCGUGGAUAUGCGGUUGGUUCAAUCUAUUGGGCCAAGUCGCUGUCACAACCGGGAUCAGUUUCGCUUGUGCCAGCUUUUUGUCCACAGUGUGCACGUUCAAAACCGACUUUGUGCCUACUUCGAGGACACAGAUUGGCGUCUACGCAGCUGUUCUGGUCGCACAAGGCUUGAUCAACACGUUUGGCGUACACAUUCUGCAUUACCUGAAUAAUAUCUCUGUGUGGUGGCACGCCCUUGGAACUUUUUCAUUAGUGAUUGCCAUCCUCGCGAAGGCUCCAACGCACCAAUCGGCUAAAUUCGUCUUUACGGAAUUUGUCGAUGGUACUGGUGGGUGGGGAGAAAGAGCUAGUCAUGCAUACGUCGUGGUUAUUGGUACUCUUAUGGCACAAUACACUCUCACAGGAUUUGAUGCUAGUGCACAUAUGACAGAAGAGACUCGCAACGCCGCCAUGUCAGGAAGUAUCGGCAUCGUCAUGGCCAUUGGCGUGUCAUCCAUUCUAGGAUGGUAUCUCCUUCUAGGGUUGCUCUUCUCCAUUCAAGAUCUCGAUGCAACUGUGAAUUCGGCGACCGGACAACCAGUGGCUCAAAUAUUCUUGGAUACCGUCGGAACUGACGGUGCAAUCGUCCUUAUGGUCAUUAUUAUCGGGUGUAUGUUCUUCUGCGGGACGUUCUCAAUCACUUCAAAUUCCCGUAUGAUGUACGCAUUUGCUCGGGAUGGUGGUAUCCCGGGAUCCAAGUUCUUUGCAGUCGUCAGCACAAAGUGGAAGUCGCCCAUACGGACUGUGUGGCUUGCUUGUACCUUGAGUUUCAUUCUAGGCCUGCCUAGUUUAGGCAGCACGGUCGCGUUCUCAGCGGCUACGUCUAUCGCCACGAUUGGUCUAUAUAUAUCUUACGGUAUACCCGUCGCGCUCCGUGUUUUGAACCGAGAAAACUUUGUCCGAGGUCCAUUCCAUCUUGGCUCAUUCUCAUACCCAGUGGCGAUAGCUGCAGUACUGUGGAUCAUGUUCAUCUCCAUUGCUUUCAUUCUCCCUCAAGUGAACCCCGUGGAUUCUCAAACUUUCAAUUACUCUAUAGUGGCGGUGGGAAUAGUUCUUACCUAUAGUUUCGGGUAUUGGUUUUUGAGUGCGAGAAAGUGGUUUACCGGACCUGUCAAGCAGAUCGCUGCCGAAGAGAUGGGUAUCGAUGUUAUGGACCCCAGUACAGCCAAGAAAUACGAAACUGAAAUGAAAGUACGGGAGGCGUCCGACACGUAGAGAGGUCUUCUGGUAUAUAUUUUGGUAAUAACCAUAUUUAUUCGUAUACAAUGCUUGCACAUUAAUAGACAGAAUGGCAGCCUGUGAAGUUGGGGUAAAUCUGUGCCCAUCAAAUCACUAUAGGUCCUUCUGAAACAGAAUCCGAACUAGUGAAACAAAAAGUUAAGGCCGUUCCCCUUUGCGAAUGGAGUACAAGGAGUGAUUCGACCAACAACGUUACUAAAGGCGCACCGUACACCAGUAAACCCUACAUCUUCAAUUGAAGAUGACCUCAUCAGUAAGAAUUAUGACUAGGAGGAUGUAAAAGUGCGUACAGAAGCGCCGAGAAACGACAAUCAAGAAAAAAAACCUUGCGUCCAAAAC